AUGGUGUGGUCGAUAGUACCGGUGAUUACCGGAUACCGAUGGGAUCAUGCUAUUGUGUGCGAGCUGUAUGAAACGUUUGGGGGAGAGCAUCUGCGCCAAGUCCUCGAGACAACACCCCCCAUGUGCAGCGUGCCUCGCGACAUGCCGUCUUAG